AUGAAUGUUCGUACCCUCAAGCCCCUGUUGGACCUGAACUUCCUGCUAGUGUCCUCCCUCCUGGCCUCCGUGGCCUGGCUGCUGGCCUUCAUCUACAACCUGCCCCACACUGUGCUGACCAGCCUGGUGCACCUGGGCCGCGGAGUCUUGCUGUCACUGCUGGCCUUGAUGGAAUCUCUGAUGCGGUUCACUUUCGGGGGCGCUCAGGCCCUGUGAACCCUGCUGUGCAGCUGCUGCUCUGGCCUGGAGAGCCUGAAGCUCCUGGGGCACCUGGCCGCGCACGGGGCCUUGAGGAGCCGGAACAUCCUGCACCAGGGCAUUCUCAAUGUGGUCUCCAGUGGCCAUGCUCUGCUGCACCAGGACUGUGACGUCCGUGCCAUUGCCAUGAGCCUGGUGGCCUACGUGAUCAACAGCCUGGUCAACAUCUGCCUCAUUAGCACUCAGAACCUUUUCUCCCUGUUGCUGGCCCUAUGGGAUGCAGUGAUGGGUCCACUGUGGAGGAUGACGGACAUUAUGGAGGCCUUCAAGGCUUACAUUUCCAGCAGUGCUGUGGCCAUGGCCAUCCUCCUCUGGACCCCAUGCCAGCUAGCAAUGGAGCUCCUGGCCUCGGCUGCCCACCUCGUGGCCAGCUUUGUGCUUGUCAAUCUCACUGGCCUGGUGCUGUUGGCUUGCGGGCUGGCGGUGACGGUGACCGUGCUGCACCCAGACCUCAUCAUGAGGCUGGCCACCCAGGCCCUCAGUCAGCUCCAUGCCCGGCCAUCCUACCACAGGCUUCGAGAGGAUGUUACACGGCUGUCUCGCCUCGCACUGGGCUUGGAGGCUUGGCGCCGAGUCUGGAGCCGAAGCCUGCAGCUGGCAAGCUGGCUAAACUCGGGAGGGGUACCUGGGGCUCCCCAGGGUGGCCCUAGUAGGGUGCCUGCAGCCAGGGCCUCACAACAGGACACUCUUCCUGAAGCAGGGCCCAGAUCAGAGACAGAAGAGGAAGAAGGUAGAAUGGUCAGAGUGACUGCUGCCUGGGGCAGGGAGAGGCUCAAUGAGGAGCCCCUAGUCAAUCAAGACCCAUGGAAGUUGCUGAAGGAGCAAGAGGAGUGGAAGAAGUGCGUCAUCUGCCAGGACCAGAGCAAGACAGUGCUGCUGCUGCCCUGUCGGCACCUGUGCCUCUGCCAGGCCUGCAAUGAAAUCCUGAUGCGCCACCCUGAUGUCUACCACCCCAACUACCCGCUCUGCCGCCAGGGCAUUCGGAGGACCCUCAACGUCUACCUCUGA